GGAAGCAACCGAGCCACACCUCGGACUGCUUCACUGUUUUCUAAAAGGGGUCCAAAGACGAAUAUUGUAUAUUUAAAGGGUCAUCUUGAACUUUAGUAAACCCAAACAAAAAUAAUCUCAUACAAUUUAAGUGUACAAGAUAAACGGCUACAUUUCAAUCUGCAGGCUGCACUUUUUCAUCUGGUUUCAAUUAAUGGCACACCCAUCUCCACACGUGAGUGAUUCGGCCCACCAAUCAUGCUCACAUGUGAGUCUGUCGAGUUCAACAGGAGCAAGCGCUUCUGCUUCUUGACACAAGCUAGUACUGCGGACGCCAACAUGAUGAUGUGCGGAGGCUUAUUAGGUUCUCAAAGUGCUCAUCCAGAGAUUCAAAAAAUCUGCGACAUCGUAAAGUCUCAAGCUGAGCAAAAAACUGGGAAGAUUUACGACGUCUUUGUCGCGAAGUGUUAUACUUCUCAAGUUGUGGCCGGUACAAACUACUUCGUCAAGGUACAUGUGGGAGGAGAUGACUACGUCCACAUUCGUGUCUUCCAAAGUCUGCCGCACGUCGGGGCAGGACCAGUGCUGGCCAACAUCCAGGAGUCCAAGAGACAUGAUGAUGCCAUUGAAUACUUCUGAAUGACACACUUAGAGAAGAUGAUCUCUUUUCAGAUACAGUAUGCAGCAACAAUUGUGUUGUACAAAAAAGAAAUCACAGCAUAAUGUGCUUUAUACUCUAGAUGGGACCAUUUUAAUGAGUUGGUUUGAUUUAAAAAAAAAAAAAAAAUUGAGUAAUCUGGUGUGAUUUUAAAAAGCUUCAUGCAUACUUUAUACUGUGUAUCACAUAGACCUGCGGUGUUGAAUGUGUUGAUUGCAACGGGGUGCCGAGAAGGGGAAAAAAAAUAUAUAUAUAGCUGAUGUCUAACUUUAGCUCACCACGCAUUUGGAAACAAUGACACUACAGGAAAACGCGCUGUCAGUGAGUUCCUCCCUAUUUUAAGCUCUCGCUUGAGAAAUUUUAACAAACAUGAGUAUGGAUGCUGCAGUAAAGAAGACAAACGUAUCACUUUCAUGUGGAAUGGGAGGCGGACAACUUUUUAUCGGUCAUUUUUGAAGUGCGUUUGUCGGAAACAUACCGUAAUUCUCGAAUUAUAAUGUGCCUGAAGUAUAAUGCACACCUAACUUUGUUCAAAAAAAAAAAUCUGGAAAACCCUCCUUCUACCAAUGUACAAUGAGCACCACCAAUUUGCUGCUAUCCAUUAAAGACUAUUUUACUUUUA